GUUUUUCUCCUUUUGUUUUGAUGCGAUAGCACAUGUUCAACAUCACACCCGAGUAUCGGUUUUUCAUGAGUUUUUUUCUGUUUCACCAGCACCAUGCCAAUACGGGAGCUGUACAUGCUAGAGCUAGGUUGAUAUAAAAGUACAAAAGUUCUUUCCGGAUUCAGUGUGACGAAAGUCGCUUACGAUUACGUUCACCUGCUUAAUGGAAAAGCUUCAUCUGUGAAGUAGAAUGCAUUCGUGAUCGUGGCAGCUGCAGACAGGGAGUACAGUUAAAAUAUUGAAAAUAGCACACGCACAACAGAAGGCUACGAAACCGAAACCAGUAGCAUGCCCACGUCAACUGCGCCCACAGUUUCUUACACCGGCCAUGCCGGGCCGGUUGCUGCGGAGUUGCGGAAGUCUGUCGCAACGAUGGAUGAGGAUCACUUGCACCAGUCCGAGCUGAUGGAGCUGCUGCAGCUCGAGGCCCUCGCGGGGUUUCUGGACUUGUUUCCCUCCUCGGACUUCGCCGGGUUUUGCCCGGUCGAGAAAGUAGCGGAAGCCGCGUUGAGUCAGUGCGGAAGAAGCAAGACCACAAACCAGAAACUUUCCAUCGCGGUUGCGGACGUGUUUGCCAUGCUGGAGGAGUGGGAAAAUGAUAAUACGACGGAGCAGCUGCGGCCACAAGCGGAAAAGAUGCUACUUUUAAACCUUUUGAAGCUGAAGGUCGAGCGCACACUCGGGGCUGUUGUUAGCGGACGAAAUAAGGUCGGACGAUCAACUACAGGAGAUGAGCUGCAAGUGUCAUCUACUGCUUCUACUUCUUCCAGAACGAAGCCCGCUGGUCGUGCACCAGUUGGAAUAUCAUGUAGGGAAAAUAAAAUAUCAAAACCCGCCCUCCAAACGACCAGCUCCACGGAUC